AUGGAUCCAAAUAGGGGAUUUAUCCAAGCACCUGGCAAACGAAAUGUGGCUUAUAAAUGCUCCAUAACCAGAGAUAAAAGAGGAGUCGACAAAGGUAUUUAUCCAACAUACUACCUUCAUCUAGAAAGGGAAGACAAAAAGAAGAUUUUCCUUCUGGCAGCUCGACGGCGAAAGAAAAGCACAACAGCGAACUAUCUCAUAUCAACUGACGCUACUGAUUUGAAAAGGGAAGGCACAGCGUUCGUGGGUAAAGUG